UUGCCCCCCUUCCCUGCACCACCCAUACCACUCCGCCUCCUCUCCCCUCUCGAGCCAGUUUCCACCAACAACUACCAGGGCUCCAACGACGUGACCGGUUUCAUCUUCGGCCUCACGGUGGCCAACUACAUUCGCUCCGGUGUCGACUGGCCCGAAACCACUCUGUUCCCAAGGGUCGCCUACUGUCGGGUGCCCGGCAUCCGCCUGGUCGGCGUGGAGAACGCCUACACGGCUCAGUGCGCCCUGCCCAUCAACAUGCUCAACGAGAAGAUCUACAUUUUCAUGUGGUUUUGGAUCGUGUUCGUAGCCAUUGUCAGCUCGGUCAGUCUGUGCCUUUGGAUCACCAGAAUGAUCAUUGCACCACGGCGCAAAGACUUCAUUAAGCGCUUCCUGCGCGUCCGAAAUGUGAAGAACCAACGCGGUGUGGAGAUGAACCGUGAAGAUUUGGACGACUUCAUUGACGGCUAUCUGCGACGUGACGGCGUCUUUCUGAUCCGAAUGAUGGCGCUUAACGCGGGUGAAGUGAUCACGGCCGAAGUAGUCACGAAACUCUAUGUCGACUACAUCAACCUUGGAUCAAGCCACGACGAGGAUGCUGAUCACAACUCUCAAGAGAAGCUGCCCCUAAAGGGCGGCAAGAGUGAAGCCCAGCUCGUCUAA